CUUUUAAACAAGGUCUAGAGAGUUGCUAGUGAUUGUUUUGUUUGUUUUUUGUUUUUUGAUCAAGGAGUAGGACAUUGGGUUGAAUUCUCAGAAAAUCAUAAUCAUGAAAGAAAUUCCAGCUACCAUCGACCGCAGUCUUCCUAAAGCGGCCACUGGACGAACAACCAUUCCAGCAGGAGAAAAUCAAGAUUUUUCGUAUGAAGCAGGUCAAUCAAACCUUCCUACAAAGCUACCGCCUUCGGCAAAUGGACUGCCUAGACCGCUGCCAGCGGGAACAGCGUACGGAACUCAGCAUCAGGAAUCAACAAGUAUAACGGCGGCUGUUAAGCACAAGGCAUGGCAGGCUUACGAACGAGUUGCAAGUGUGGCGAGUCAUAUUGUGGGAGGCGGGCAUCAUAACGAAUAGUAAAUUCGGCUGGCAGAGCUGAUUGUGGCGCGUAGAUGCAACAUUUUGUGUGGACACCAUCAUCAACCUUGUACAGUGAAUUGCAUCUAAUAACAUUUGAAAAGUACAGUGAUAAGGAAAACAAAAUUCAAAC